CUGACUGCGUGGUUACUACUAGUAGAAGUUAACUCCGUACGCGGAGGCAAUGUUCUCGUAAUAAUAUAAUAGAGUUAUCCGCUGAACCAAUCCAGGUACCCCGUAGAGUUACCAUUUAUUAUUCUUAUAGUUAUGUUUGGUUAUGUUGGUUAUGCACCCCGCGCCUUGGGUUUUAUCCUCCGCUAUGUUUAAGUUAUAUGCUGCUUGCUUGGCGGCGGAAAUAUUUCCAUCACGCCUUAACUAUCAUUAGUAAUAUUAAAUAAUCUCCGUGGCUUGUUUCUCACCAUCCCGCCAUGCCAUGGCCAAAAAGAAGAAGCCUGAUACAAAUCAACAACACGGACACAUGGAUGCAACAACGUUGGUUGGCUCACCCCCUUCACCCUUUCGCUGUGCCGAUGCCCCUGUGGUCGGUCCCAUGGUUCCAUAUUAAAUUCCUUUACUUCGAUAUCUUCGGAAUAGAGACUCGGGAUGGCCAUCAUGAUUCAUGUUUUCCCUCAAUCUCCCCCGCCUCCGCUCAGGGUAUCUGAGGUAAAAUAACUAUCACAGAACGUCAGUCUUGAGGGACAAAGCAGUCGAGAAAGACGUGAAUAGAAACACUCACUCACUCUACCGUGAAACUUCCAUACAUUUGAUCCUUCUUUUCGGCCACCACUGCUGCCGAGAUCUCAUUCCUAGGUUCUAGCUCCAGGCUAAAAGGUGCGCCAGACACUGGACCGGCGCCGGACACGCUUGGAAUUCGCCUUUCCCGGCGAUGCGGUCGUUCUUACUGGCUGCGCGCGCGGGCUAAGCCCCAUGAAUCCAUGAGCGAACCCCUCUCGCUGGGUGGGGAUGGUGCUGUCUGCUAUUUUUUUUUUUUUUUUUUUUAGACUGUUCGGCUAAUCCUCGAGGAGUGGGAACUGCAAAGAAGCCUAGGCUAAACAGCGGCCCUGGGAAUAUUUUGGGGGAACAGUGAAGGAGGAGAAUCGAAAUUAAAAAAAAUAUUGCGAAUAAUCGGUUUUGAGGAGAGGUCUUUUAUUUAGUAAGCGUCUGAAAUCGUGGGAAAUGGUUAUAAACCCUUUCGCGACUGCCGUUCGUUUCUUAAUUUUACUCUUUAUUUUACCUAUUUUGUUUUCAUUUCUUGUGGUUGGGAUAAGCUGCUGAACGUUAUUUUUUAUAUGUUGAUAUACUACGUAUACUCCACCAAUCUGAGCUGCUCAUCCUUUCCGCCCCCCAUUUUAUUACUAGCUAUACUACAUAGCGAUUAUAAUUUAUUACAAUAUCCCCCCGACUGAUGCAUCGGUUGAGCGCAAUCCCAUUCGGAGCUUUCCUGCUUGAUCAGUGACCUGUUCCGCUCGCCGCUUCCGUCGUUGGGACCAUACUACACUACCCUAGACCCAUUGCGAUAUAAACGCCUGCUCGCUCUCAGUUUCUCCUCUACAGGAAAACCCCUCCGCUGCCAGCUUCAUUAUUAUAUAUCUAACCCAUGUCCGACUCCGAGAAGUCGAGCUCGACCCCUGCAGAAAGCUUUGUUGGAGAAUCUCAGCAGCACGAUGGCAUUGACUCGGCCGCUUCUAGUGCCGAAUCGGCUUCGGAUAAAAGCAUAGAGAUUAUAGCGGAGGAUCACGAUGAUAUUAUCACUCCUCAGAUUACAAGGCAUUCGAUGCCGCCGCUGUCGAGAAAGAUCACCUCAGUCGGCACGACUGGUACCACAGAUCCCAAUUUUGAAGUCGACAUGGAAGAGAAUGACCCUACAAAUCCCAGAAAUUGGCCCUUGAGGGUUAAAGGAAUGUCAACGGCGUUCCUUUCGUGGAGUACAUUCACGGUAGUCCUAUAUUCGACCGGAUACACUGCAGGGCUGGCAGACAUAGCCAGGGAAUUCGAUGUCUCAGAGACCAUAGUGACGCUUGGCCUGACUUUCUACCUCAUUGGGCUCGCCAUUGGAUCCGUUAUCCUCGCCCCGCUGAGUGAGAUGUACGGCAGAAAGCCUGUUUCGGUCGGGAGCAUGUUUCUGUUCACCGUGCUGAUCAUACCAUGCGGACUUUGCACCUCUGUUGUUCAACUGAUUGUUCUGAGGUUCCUUGGGGCUGUGGCCGGAAGUGCUAUGGUUUCCAGUGCCCCCGGUUCAAUAGCUGAUAUGGUGGAUGAUGAACACCGCGCGUUGGCGUUCUCCAUUUGGAGUAUUGGGCCCCUGAAUGGACCUGUGUUUGGUCCCAUCAUUGGCGGAUACGUAACGCAAUACCUAGGCUGGAGAUGGACGAAUUGGCUGACGAUGAUUUUUGCCGGGGUAGCAUUGAUUUUCAUGUGCAUCAUGAAGGAAACAUACACUCCAGUGCUUCUCCAAAGGAAGGCCGCCCGCCUUCGAAAGGAGGAUGAUGAUCCCCGCUGGUGGAGCCGAUACGAUCAAAAAGCGUCCAUAACCGCCGUUCUUAAAGUCAACCUCAGCAGACCAUUCGUCAUGGCCGUCCUUGAGCCUAUCUGCAUAUUCUGGAAUUUCUACAUCGCCGUCGUUUAUGCAAUCCUCUACCUCUGCUUCGUCGCGUACCCAAUCGUCUUUCGUCAAAUCCGCGGAUGGUCCGUCGGCGAAUCGGGCCUCGCCUUCCUCGGCAUCGGCGUGGGUUCCCUUACAACCGUGGCUGUCGAGCCACUCCUCCGCCGCAUGAUAAACAGCCACAAACUCGACCCAGAGACGGGCAAAGUGCCUCCAGAAUCCAUGGUCUCCGUCGUUUGCAUUGCCGCAAUCCUAAUCCCCGCCGGCGAGCUCUGGUUCGCAUGGACCUGCGCACCCGCAACAAUUCACUGGAUCGCACCAAUCCUCGCUGGCAUCCCGUUCGGCGCGGGCAACACUGCCGUGUUCAUCUACGCAUCCAACUACCUAACGCACAGCUACGGGGUGUACGCCGCGUCAGCGAUGGCUGGGAAUUCGGUGAUGAGAAGUGUGCUUGGCGGUGUACUUCCGCUUGCUGGGCCGGCGAUGUAUGCGAAGCUAGGUCCCAAUUGGGCGAGCACACUCCUGGGCCUGUUGGAAAUUAUGAUUAUUCCGAUUCCGUUUGUGUUUUAUAAGUACGGACACAGGAUUCGGAUGAAGAGCGUGCUUAUUAAGACUAUGCAGGCGGAUAAGGCGAAAUUGGAUGGGAAGAGGCGGAAGAGGAUUGUGAACGGUGGGAGUAAAGAGAAGGACGGUAAGGAAGAAGGUGGCGGGGUGGUGGAGAAGGAAGUGGUUUGAAAGUGGAACCCCAUCUUAUCCUUUUCUUUUAGUUUUUGCAUCAGACAUGGCGUUCUUUCUCAUUUUUGGGUAUAUUUUCUGGCUAUACUCUAUUUGCAUAUAUACAUAUUGCAUCGAUGCGCGUUUUGGAUUUCAAAUCUUCUGGACAAAUUAGUUUAGGAGUAUAUAGGGGGGGUUGGAGGGAGGAGAGAGAAAGGAAUAUCACUAAAUACAACAUAGAUUUUAUAAUUUUAUUAUUAAUAUUCCCUUUUCUAUCUUCCUGGAGCAAGAUUGUAGCGGGGAUGCGUGCCAGCGUGUGUUUUGCGAUAGGAGAUCGGGAUCGAUGAAGACGCAUCUUCAUAUCUUCAUGCACCGUUUCGUCGUCGUCAAUCUGAGAGGAGCGAAGGAGGGAAAAAUUCAGCUCGG